GACGUUACAACAACUUCAGUUCUGUUCUGUAUGCGAGCCAUACGGAUCAUAGAAAAUAUAUUGAGGCUGACUAAAGUUCAAAAAGAAAUUCAAAUUAGAAAAUGUCGGUGAAUACUGCACUAAAGUUCGUGCUCUUCGUUCUCAUUUCCCUUCACUGUUCAAUUUUCGUCUCAGGUUCGGUCCACGAAAAUGUAAUUGACACUGAGUGUCACCAUGAUGGCGAUUGUAAAGUUUUUGUAAAAAUGAAUGAAAUUGUCAAUAGCACAUGCUUGAAUCAUCAAUGCAUUUGCACAGAUUCCGAUUUCAAAACUAUUACGUGUUUGCCAGAGAAACUGGGAUUAGCAAAUGUCAUUGGCGGUAAAUGUCCUUGUACUGCUAUUCAAUGGAGUAGUUGUAUGAAUGGAUUUUGUAUGUGCAAACCGGGUUAUAUACCAUCGGAAGACAAAAGGAGCUGCAUACCGACAAAUCUUCCUAUCGGCAGCCGUUGCGAAAAUGAUGUUCAAUGUUCCAAAGAAAUUGCGUUUUCUACGUGCGCAAAUAACACUUGUACAUGUCAAAAGAAAUUCAUUUUCCACAAUGGUACCUGCCACAGUUUGAUCGAUAUGACGAAAUGCACAAACGAGACCGAAUGUCCGAAUACCAUUUGUGUGCAGCAGCAAUGUUACUGUGAGCCCGGUUAUGUUGCGGCAUUUGAUGAAACGGCUUGUCUACCGAUUGCUGAUCACAAUGGAAACUGUUCGGAGAGUGUACAGUGCCAGCAUGAAUUAGGACUGCGUGCUGUUUGUGAACAGGGCAAAUGUGUUUGCGAUGAAAAUUGGUCGACAAUUUUAAUCAAUGUUGCCAAUGGAACGAAAAAGAUUUGUGAGAAACGCGUUGCUGUUGGCCAAGAGUGUGAAUACGACACUGACUGUUUCCAAUCUCACUUUAAUGGUACCGAGCAAUCAAUGCAAUGUUUCUUGAAGGAAUGUCAAUGUGCACCAGACUAUGAACUGGAUCAGGAUCAGCGCUACUGUAUAAAGUCAAAAAAUACAGAGCUCCAAAACACAUGGUUCGAUUCCAUUUUGUCGAAGGUUUCCAGUGUAUUUGCUACCAGUUCAGGUAAUCGUUGUACCAUUAACUACUGGAUGAAGGUCACCAUGAUAAUUAUUUGCUUUGUUAUGUUUUUGUAAUUGCAAAUGUUUAAAAUUUUGUUAAAUAAUAAAAAUUUAUUUCUUUUCCAUUGUU